AUGCCUGCCCAUGGCGGAGGUUCAGGUGUGAAUGCUAUUGAGAAUGAAGAGAUAAGUGUUGUAUCUGAUGUGGGCUGUUUGACUUUUCCUCUUAUGUCUGUGAAGCAACAUCUGGCUAAUAGUGGCAUCUUCCCGAGCUGUGGUGUCGAUUGUGAUAAUUGCAAGAAUCAACUUGGGGUCUGUAUUGAUUUGAAGAGUAUGGUUCUGAAAUUGAUGGACGAAGGUCCUCUCCAGUUCUAUAGAAAGAAGAGAAACGCGAGGGUUGCAAACGAUGAGGUGGUGGUAAUUGACAUUCCAUAUGAACCUGUGGCUCCUAUUAAUAUUCAGGUGCCUGUUCAGAUACCUAUUGUCAUUCCUUAUGCAGAGCAACCAGCAACAUUAAUGAUCACUGUUCCUGGGCCGAUUCCAUAUGAGAGUGAGAAGGCCGUUCCUUGGAAUUAUGGCUCAGAUGUGUACUACUAUGGUACGAAGAAAGAGGAUGAGUUGAAAGACAAUUUUGUGAAAGCCGCAGUUGCAAAUGCCGAUAAUAUUGCUGGUACUGGUAAAAUUACUCACAGUGGUAGAGUUUUCUCUCCUCAGCUUAUACAAAACAAUGCAGAUGCUUCGGUUAAGGCCAAAGGCAAACAAGUGGUGGUUGAUAGCCAGAACUCUCCGGUUCAGAAUGGGGCACCUGACAGUGUUGUGUCUUCCAAGGACGUGGAGGAGUUGUUGAGAAUCAUCAAGAAGUCUGAUUACAAAGUUGUUGAGCAGUUGGGUCAGACCCAAUCGAAGAUUUCCAUCUUGCAAUUGUUGAUGUGCUCGGAGGUUCAUAGAGACGCUCUAUUGAAAAUCCUGAAUAAUGCUUACGUACCACAUGAAAUAUCUGUGAAUCAGUUAGAGGCGGUGGCCAACAAUAUUUCAGCUGGAACUGGUUUGGGAUUUACUGAUCGUGACCUUCCUCCUGAGGGGAGAAACCAUAACAAGGCAUUGCAUAUUUUGAUGGAGUGUAAGGGGACGACCUUGUCUCGUGUCCUGGUUGAUACAGGUUCUUCCUUAAAUGUGCUUCCCAAAUCGGCCCUUAUGAGAAUUGACUAUGCUGGUGUUGAGUUGAGGCCCAGUGAAUUGGUGGUACGCGCUUUUGAUGGUUCAAGGAGGUCUGUGUUCGGAGAAGUAGACUUUCCUAUCCAAAAGUUGAAGUAUCCAGUUGAUGGUAAAGUGGUGACAGUUUGUGGUGAGGAAGAUUACAUCGUGAGUCAUUUGUCUUCUUUCCGCUAUGUGGAGAUUGAAGGUGAAAUCCAUGAAACGCCUUUCCAAGCGUUCGAAGCUGUGAAUGCUGUAAGAACCCCUCUUUAUGAGAUAACGAAGCCAGAAACAGAUAUGUCUUCCCUGAAAGAUGCUCAAGUGGUUGUUGAGACGGGAAAGGUAGAAGGUUGGGGGCAAGUGAGUGAUGUGCGUCCCAAAUUUGACAAGAAUGGUCUUGGUUUCAACCCGGGGAGGCAGAGUGCAUCGCCCAAGCCUAGUAUCCUCAGCCCGAUCAAGUUUGUGAGUGGUGGUAUCAUUCAGAACAGUCAGUCCGAUCUACCAAGCCAAGGAGGAAGCUUAUGA